CGCCUGCUGUUCGCUCCCGUGUCCCGCUUCCUCGAAUCCUCGUGCAGAUCUUAGUCGGCUGGUCUGGUUGUCUGUCUCGAGCUGCAGCCAGCGUACGCGGGGCCUGAGCCUGAGCUGAGGAGUGAGCGCGCGGCAUGAGGAUCCAGUGCGACGCGUGCGAGGGCGCGGCGGCCACGGUGGUGUGCUGCGCGGACGAGGCGGCGCUGUGCCCGCGGUGCGACGUCGACAUCCACGCCGCCAACAAGCUCGCUAGCAAGCACCAGCGCCUCCCGCUCGACGCCGCGCCCCCCGCCGCCCUCCCGCGCUGCGACGUCUGCCAGGAGAAGGCGGCCUUCAUCUUCUGCGUGGAGGACAGGGCGCUCUUCUGCCGCGACUGCGACGAGCCCAUCCACGUGCCCGGGACGCUCUCCGGCAACCACCAGCGCUACCUCGCCACCGGCAUCCGCGUCGGAUUCAGCUCCGUCUGCAGCGCCAACGGCAGCACCCACGCCGACAGCCUCCUGCCCAAGAGCAGCUCCAAGUCUGCGAGCGUCGGCGCCGGCGGGGCCACCAAGACACCGGCCCCGGCCGCUCAGGAGGCGCCGUUGUCUUCGUUCUUGCCGCCGUCGGGAUGGGCCGUCGAGGACCUCCUGCAACUGUCCGACUACGAAUCCAGCGACAAGAAGGAGUCGCCUCUCGGGUUCAAGGAGCUGGAGUGGUUCGCGGACAUCGACCUGUUCCACGGCCAUGCGCCGGCCAACACGGCGGCAGAGGUCCCUGAGCUCUUCGCCUCGUCGCAGCCAGCGACCAACGCUGGGUUCUACAAGACGAGCACCGCGCGCCAGAGCAAGAAGCCACGUUUGGAGGUGCCCGAUGACGACGAGGACUACUUCAUCGUUCCUGAUCUUGGCUGAAAUCUUGCAUGGUUGUCCCGUGAAAUCUUGCAUGGCUGAAAUCUUGGCUGAGAUCAUGUGAUGUAGUAAUUGUGCUUACCUUGAACAAAUGUAAUUAUAAGGCAAUUUGGUGCCAAUACUUUCAUCCUGAGAAUGAGGUGGUUUUGAUGUA